GUAAUAUUAAAAAUUUAAAUUUUUUGCUUUUUUCUAUCAAUAAACUGAACAGAAAUUAUUUUUUGCUGAUAAUUAGGGAUUGUAGGCGCUAUCAUAAGGGAUAUAAACCUAGUGUCUUAUGUGCAAAUACUGAAAUUCUGUGCAAUAUGAAUUAAAAAUAGUAGAAAAUAAAGAAUCGAGAGUGGAACGAAAGGUCACCUAGUUGUGUGUGGAUAUCCAAAAAAAUAAGAAUAUAAAAAGUUACGUAAUAAGUUCAAUAGCAAAAUAAAUGGAAUUAAGUAACAUUGGGCUACUGUCCGACUCUAAAAAUAGAUUAACUCAAUAAAAAUAAAUUUGCAGUGCGCAAAAAAGUGCUGUAAAGAAGAAGAAGAAGGAAAAUAGAGAAAAAAAUAAUUUUUUAACUCUGUGAAAGUCGAAAGGAGUGUACCGCAGAAGUGGAAUAAAUUAAGUCGUCAUCGCUACGAGUGAAAAAUAGUGUAUAAAAUAUAUAUAUAUUUAUAUAUUGUAGCAUAAAAAAGAGGACACAUUAAAAAUGGGCACAGUAUUAAGUUUCAGUCCAAGGGAGAGUCAUCCAAUUUAUUCGACCCAUCAUCGUGGCAGUGGAACGAUGUCAACGUCGAGUUCAGCUGACUUUUCGCUCAAUAAUUAUGCAUAUGAGCAGAUGAACAAUGUCAAGAAUCGGGAAAAUUGUACGAAAACUAGCAUAAUAAGUAAUAAUAAUGGAAGUAGUCUAGUUCUAUUUGGAUCAACAAACUCAAAUAUUAUGAAUAAUAAUCUCACAACAACCACAAAUGGCACAUCGAUGGAAGAACGUCAGUCUGAUAGUGCGCGAAUAUUGUCGGAAAAGAAUGCGAUCGAGAAGAAUCUGAAGAAGCAUUCGUUGUUCAUAAAUGCACUAUCGUGGAAGCGAUUGUCGGCGUCACACGGCAAGAAAAAGUUGGAAAACUAUAAUACAAAGAAUAAGUCAGCGAAUCUUACAACAAGUUCAUUUCGUCCUCCUUCUCUUACCGAUACCGUACAUCCGAUGGUUGUCGCAAAUGAAAAAAAUAAAAAUUAUCAACAGCAACAGAUACAAUUUGCGAGCAAUAACAAUCUAAAUCUCAAUAAUAAUAAUAAUAUUAAUAAUAAUAAUAAUUUGAAUAUUAAUCAUCACAUUCAUAAAGAUUCUCAAUCAAACAUUUACUUCUCGCCUGGGCCAAAGAGUCUUCUUGCCCUGGAUCUUCAAAACUCUGCCAAUAAUGCCAAUUUGCAGCAUCAUCAAAAUAUCGAAAAAUUGGGACCAAAGAUUCCAAUACAGCUGCCAUUAUCACUGCAAUCCAACGUGAUGCAUUCACAAUCAAUGCAGCCGCAACAGCAACAACAAAUGCAUUUUCGUCCGGGACCGAGGAAAACAAUUAUUCAGGCAUCAACAUCCGAGCUUUUGAAGUGUUUUGGAAUUUUCCUGAGAGAGCGCUGCCAUAAACUAAGAGACUUUCAAGCCGGUGAUGCUAUUAUGUGGUUGCGAGCAGUUGAUAGAAGCCUUUUACUACAAGGAUGGCAGGAUGUUGCAUUCAUCAACCCAGCAAAUGUUGUCUUCUUAUACAUGUUGGUUCGUGAUAUGGUUGACGGUGAAGAAUCAUCAGAACAAGAAUUGCAAGCAUCGGUACUGACAUGCUUGUAUUUAUCUUACUCAUAUAUGGGAAAUGAAAUUAGUUAUCCGUUAAAGCCCUUCCUGGUUGAAGAGUCGAAGGAUAAAUUUUGGGAUCGUUGUCUUCUUCUAUUGAAUCGUUUGAGUUCGAGUAUGCUGCGCAUUAAUGCCGAACCAGGAUUCUUUACUGAAAUUUUUACUGAAUUGAAAGCCUGUGGCCUCAACAAUGGAAUUUACAAUAGUCCAAUUAGUCCAGCAUCUCAUCAUUCAAUUGAUAUUCUCAACAAUAAUUUCAGCAAUAUUCACAUUAACUCGCCGACGACAGCAUUUCGGCCAAAUUGUUUCGAUAAUAAUCUUAAUCACGAAUCGAAUCUGCCAAUUUCAGGAUAACAACAUCACCGACAACCGCAACUUAUUAAUGGGAACUUUAGCAAGUUUGUUUAAGACAAUUUUUAUUUUCUAGUCACAAAAAAAUAAAGAAAAUAAUAGAGAAAAAAAUAUAAGAAAGAUUUCACUAUUGCCAUUGUCAUAGACAUUUCUUAUCAAAAGUGUUGAUUCUACUUCGAUUUAUGUGACAGCAUGACACAUGUGUUGAAGAUAUCCGAUUAAGAAAUUGCCACUAAAUAAAACUCUUAAUGAAAUUGAAAUGGAUUCUCGUUGGUGAUACAAAGUUUAUAUUGAAGGCUGCUGCCUUGGACUGGUGAUUUGAGAGGAGCAUACAAACUUAUUGGAAAAAUUAAUCGGGGGUAUUAUGUCAAUCUGCAGAAAAGUUUGGCUGAGAAAUGUUAAGUAAUACGGAAAGUUAUGAUGACAUGUUAGUGGAUUAUCGUACUUUGACCUUUUCUGAAUAGAAACUGAUGUGUUACGCAGGUUGUUAAGCUUGAUGAUGUUCACUGAACGAUAAAUGACAAUUCGUAAUAAGUUGACUCUUAAAAAGUUCUCAGUUGUCCCGAAACAUCUCCAAAACAUUAGAAAUGUACAUCAUAUUCCAAAAAACCCAAAAGUUUCAGGUUGAUCAAUCAUUAUCUGACCAUAUACAUUUAAAUCCUAAACAGGAACCAUCCAAAAAUCAAGAAUAUUCCAAAUCAACGAAUUCCACUCACUAUACUCCCAAUUAAGCCACCAGUAAGCAGCAGUCAAUAAUUUUGUAUCACCCCAAGUCAUAGAAAUGUAAAAUCACCAACACACAUUUAAAAAAAAUUGUCUCAAGUCCACUCAAGUAAUAAGAUUAAAGCAAACAUGCUGAACGGAAUAAAAAAGAAUUGAUUGAAAAAAAAUCAAAUUUUUAAAUUUAAUUAAAUUAAUGAAAUUAAGAAUGAUAUUGUUGAUAUUCAAUUUAAAAUUGAUUUGCAAAAAAAAAGAAUAAAUUAUAAAUUAAAUAAAUUAAAUGAAAAUAAUACGUGAGGUGAGUCUCAAAAAAAGUAAAUGAUAAAAAAAUAUUAUGUAAUAUUAAUAAAGGAUUAAAUUCAUUCAUCUUAUCACAAUUCUCACUUUUCAAAAUUGAAUAUAUUCCCCUCUCAUCCCCUCCCAUUUGAUAUGAAAACUUAAAUAAAAUGGUAUUAAGGCUUGGGAAAUUUUCAGGGUGUUUUUGAGACUUGUAUGAUAAAGAUUCAGAUAAAAAAAUGAGUUAUUUGUGAGAUAUUUGUUAUAUUAAUAAACAGGUUGUGUUGGAAUUUGUAGAUUCAGUAAAAUAAUUGAGAACUUGAUUAUCAAAUUGAAUAAGCCAUCUGAAUUCAACAAAUCAAGCUAAAGUAAUUGUGCUGAAUUAGGACUGAAGAAUUCAGCUGAAGUUGCUAAAUUUAACCUGGAACCUCAGCUAAUUACUAUGAAAAAGUUCACUAAAUUCAGCAGACUUAUUCAGCACAUUCAGCUAAGGAUCAGCUAAAACUACAAUCAAUAAGCUGAACUUAGUUCAAUAAGUUCCCCAAACUAGCUGAAUUCUUCUCAAAUAACACAAACAAACCUCAUAGAACUUACAAAAACUCAAAAUUCCCAGAAAUGCCCUGAAUUCUCCAACUCUUGAUACUUUUAUUAAUGAGAAUCUAUUAAGUAGAAAGUUUUAAAAUGAAAAAAAAAGUAGUUGAAGAAAAUACAAUAUUUUUUUCCUCUUAGUUUAUGACGGAUGAAUGCAGCCUUUAUUUUAAGGUAG